AUGUCGGACAACGAUAAUCAUGACGAAUUGAUCUCCCAAUUCUGCGAAGUUACCAAUGUCUCCCCAUCGGAGGCCCAACAAUUUCUCGCUGCAAAUCAAUGGGAUUAUGCAGGAGCCAUGGCGGAAUAUUUUACUGCUCAAGAAGAAGGAAACACCGGAACUUCAGGGCCCUCGGGAGAUAACCAUCAGAGUGAAACCCAACCAUCACCUUACACCGGACCACGAACACUAGAUGGUAGACCUGCUCCAGAUAACGGUAAACAACCCGCAAAGUCAACUGGCGCAACUGGCAGAGCUGGAGGACGUGGAGGCAUCGCAACUCUUGGGUCUUUGAAUCAAGGUUCUUCUGGUCAGCCUGGCUCAGGUCAUGGUGCCCAUGUGGAUGAUGAUGAUGAUUCAGAUGACCAGGGUUAUGAGCCAGACGAGCAACCGAGGGAUUUAUUUGCUGGUGGUGAAAAGUCAGGAUUGGCUGUCCAAGAUCCCUCGAGAAAACCCGAUGCGAGGAAAAUUGUUGGUGAUAUUCUUAAGCAAGCUAAGGCAAAUUCAAGAGGAAGUGGCGAACCAUCUUCGGCACAGCCACCAUCUCGAUUCCGUGGUAGCGGCCAAACCCUCGGUGGUGACGAUGCUCCUUCACAAGUCAUACCUGAUCCUCGCUCAGCUGCAACUCCUUCCGAGCCUCCAAUUACAAGAGUCUUACACCUUUGGGAGGAUGGAUUUAGUGUUGAGGAUGGCCCACUUCGUCGAUUCGAUGACCCCGCGAAUGCGCAAGACCUUCAGGCCAUACAACGUGGUCGCGCUCCUCUUCACUUGAUGAAUGUUAGACAAAAUCAGCACGUCGAUGUUCAGUUGCACAAACAUGAUGAACCAUACAAAGCUCCACCUAAGGUUUACAAGCCUUUUAGUGGAUCAGGUCAGAGACUCGGUAGUCCUACACCAGGUGGUUCAUCGAGUGCUACAACUACGCAGCCUUCAUCCAGGGCAUCUGCACCAGCAGCCGCUUCAAGCGAAAACCCGGAAGUUCAGAUCGAUCCAUCGCAACCAACUCUCACCCUAAGAAUCCAAUUAGCGAACGGCACUCGUCUUCCGGCUCGAUUUAACACUACACAUACAGUAGGUGAUGUGUAUGAGUUCAUUGAAAGAGCUUCCUCUGGCAGUAACGAACGACCUUGGGUACUAGCAACAACUUUCCCAAACAAAGAGCAUACUGAGAAGAACCAAAUCUUGGGUGAAAUGCCAGAAUUCAAGAGAGGUGGCACAGCCGUACAAAAAUGGGCUUAA